UGUUUGUGCAGACAGUGGUCUGUCAACAUGUGGCUGAAGCUGUUGUCUGCCAUCGUGGCAACCACGGCGAUCGUACUGCACCUCAGCACCAAGGACCCGGUUCCUCCUCUCACCUCCACCCUGAACGCUUCCUACGACUACAUCAUAGUCGGCGGCGGCUCAGCUGGCUGUGUGUUGGCCAACAGACUGUCAGAGGACCGUGACGUCACAGUCCUCCUCAUUGAAGCAGGCGGCGAUGAUCGAGGUCGCGAUGACAUCUCCACACCGGCUUUUUACGGACGCAUGCACCACACCGACGUCGACUGGGACUACAUUUCUGUUCCACUAAAACACGGUUUCGACGAUCAUGUAGGCAAGAGAGUCUACGUUCCAAGAGGGCGUGUCUUGGGUGGGACGUCCAGUACUAAUUACUUAUGCUACGUCAGAGGUCAUCCUCGAGACUUUGACAGCUGGGUGGAGCAAGGGUGUGAUGGGUGGAGCUAUGAAGACGUUUUACCCUAUUUUUUCAAGUUGGAGGGUUUGAUGACCAGCAACUCUGGAAAUUCGGAACUCCUUGGAAGAGAUGGUCCAGUGAAGAUCCAGAACUCAAACACCUUGAAACUUAACGAGUUCCUGAUAAAAGCUGCAAGUGAACUUGGCUAUUCUCUCUUUGAUUACAUGUCUGGGGAAGGAGAAGGGUUGACCCCGCUGUACAUCACAGCACACGGAGGCGAGCGGUACAGCUCGUCAAGAGCUUAUCUUCAUCCCGUGUUGACCAGAACAAACCUGCACGUGGUAGUCGACUCCUACGUCAUAAGGGUAAUUUUCGAAGGUUCAAGGGCAGCAGGCGUAGAAAUGAUACGCAGAAGCAAGAAAGAGAAAGUGCUAGCAAAACGGGAAGUCAUUCUCUCUGCAGGAUCCUAUGGUACUCCCAAGAUCCUCAUGCUCUCAGGGAUCGGGCCGAGCCAGCAUCUAAAAACACUGGGGAUACCAGUCUUAAUGGACUUGCCAGUGGGAGAAAACCUCCAUGAGCAUGUGCUGUAUACAUACCGGGUGGCGCUUCAAGAAUCCGUUGGCCUACAAAUCACUGAUUUUUCUAGCAUUUGGAACAAAGUUCAGUUCCACCUGUUUGGAACAGGUCCCCUUUCGAGAACCGAAUAUGAGUACCAACUUAUCGUCAGCACUAACAGCAAUAGCAAGGAGCAGGGGUGGCCUGAUGUACAGAUUUUAUUCACCCCAGCGCUGUGGAGCACAAACAUCUUUCAUACUCUGGGACUCGGCGAAGAAGCACUAAAAGAAGCUGCUGGAAAAGAUGAUGAAAAUGGGAUUACUUGCAUUGCCGGUAGUAUGAGACCUCGAAGCAGGGGGACCUUCCGAUUGCAAAGUAAGGAUCCGUUUGACGACCCCCUCAUCGACCUCAACUACUUCCAAGAUCCUGAAGACGUGGAUACUGUACGCAGAGGCAUCGACGUCUGCAGACGCCUGAUACAAACCCCCAGCCUGCAGUCCCUAGGGGCCCGGCCCGCUGACGGCCCGUCUGCUGCGUGUGUGGGGCCCAACAGCCCUUACGACUCGGAAGCCUACUGGACGUGCAUGGUGCGAAGACGAUCAGUCUCGUAUCACCAUCCUGUGGGCACGGCUAAAAUGGGCUCAGCUAAUGAUUCUACAGCUGUUGUCGACACCACCCUAAGAGUCCGAGGCAUAAGUGGUCUGAGAGUCGUUGAUGCCUCAGUCAUUCCCAGCGUUCUUUCCGCCAACAUCAAUGCUGCUGUCAUGAUGAUAGCCGAGAAAGCUUCCGACAUCAUCCGAGCCAAUUGGAAGUCUGCGACUAAACAAUGAAACAAAGUGAAGAUAGAAGAGACAUUAACUAAACUAUCUGUGACAUAAAACUGACCCAAAGCUCUAUCAUGUUGCUGUGUAAAAGUAAUUAUAUGCGGAGUGCCUGAUGUCGUGGUAAUCAACUGUCAACAUGCUAUUUAUCUAGAGACAAUGUUAAUAAAAAUGUUCAUUUGAAAUAGACUUUCCUUACUUUACUCACCCCUUGUUCUUUAAUAUGCUUACUCAAGUUAUAAGACUUAUGUUUCAUAAUUUUAUCAUAAUAAAAUGUUUGAUUCUUUAGUGUCUACCAUGAUAGGUUUGGAUAAACAUUUUGAAUGAUUUGGAAUUGAAAUGUAUUUAUUUGACGAAAGUACUCUUGAAUAAAAGUAGUGACUUUAAAAAGUUUA